GGCAGUACCACAAGUCUUGGAGUGAAUGGCUAUGCAUCAAUCGUCUUUGCACGCUCGAGGAUACCGUCCUCGAAAUACUCGCCAUGCCCUACAAUAUUGCCAUGGUUAGCGACAACUUCUACCCGCAGCCUGGCGGAGUCGAAAGUCACAUAUACCAGCUUUCCAGUAAACUCAUCAACCGUGGCCAUAAGGUCAUUGUCAUCACCCACGCAUUCAAGGGCCGCAAAGGCGUUCGCUACCUCACCAACGGCCUCAAAGUCUAUUAUGUCCCGUUCUGGACCGUCUACCGCGAAACUACGUUCCCCACUGUCUUCUCCUUCUUUCCAAUUUUCCGGAACAUCGUCAUCCGCGAGCAGAUCGAAAUAGUACAUGGCCAUGCUAGUCUCAGUAAUCUAUGCAAUGAGGCUAUACUCCAUGCGCGAACUAUGGGGCUGUUUACCGUGUUUACAGACCACAGCCUCUUUGGCUUCGCGGAUGCUGGAAGCAUUCUCACGAAUAAGCUCCUCAAAUUCACCUUGAGCGAUGUCGACCAUGUCAUCUGUGUCAGUCAUACUUGCAAAGAAAACUGCGUCCUAAGGGCGUCUUUGGACCCACUCAUGGUAUCCGUCAUCCCAAAUGCAGUCGUUGCCGAGAACUUUCGACCGCUAUCCCACGACUCCGUUCAUACUCGCCGCAACAAUGCCCCUGGGCCUCCCCAGCCUCUUGGACCAAACGAGACGAUAACGAUCGUGGCUAUCAUGCGACUCUUCUACAACAAAGGCGUGGACCUCCUCAUCGCCGCUAUACCCCGAGUGCUCGCGGCGCACCCAAAUGUUCGCUUCAUAAUCGCUGGCACAGGCCCAAAAGCCAUCGACAUGGAGCAGAUGAUCGAGCGAAAUGUGCUACAGGACAGGAUCCUCCUCCUGGGGGCGGUGCGCCAUGAAGAGGUUCGCGAUGUCAUGGUGCAAGGGCACAUCUUCCUUAAUCCAUCGCUCACGGAGGCGUUUGGGACCGUCAUUGUCGAGGCAGCAUCAUGUGGGCUUUAUGUCGUUUGCACGCGCGUGGGCGGUGUACCGGAGGUCUUGCCCAACCACAUGACUGAGUUUGCCGCACCAGAAGAAGACGACAUCGUUGCAGCCACUGGACGCGCCAUCGCCAAGUUGCGAGAAGGCAAGAUACGGACUGACUUGUUCCACGGUCAAGUCAAGCAGAUGUACUCGUGGACUGAUGUCGCUGAGCGCACGGAGAGGGUCUAUGAUGGGGUCGUGGGCGCUGUGGGGUCUGAGGACUUCUACGGAGGUGAUGCAGCUCGUGGCCACCCUGACGUGCGAAGCUUUGCACUUAUUGAUCGACUCAAACGAUACUACGGCUGCGGAAUCUGGGCCGGCAAGCUUUUCUGCCUCUGCGCGGUUGUGGACUACCUGCUCUUCAUCAUCCUGGAGAUAUUCGCUCCCCGCUCCCGUAUCGACAUAUGCAGGAAUUGGCCAAAGAAGAUUCUCGAAGGAGAAAAAGUAAAUACCACGCGCAUUGCUGAAGCGUCCGACGGGAUGCCACGCAGACGAGACCGACGCCGCCGAGGGAGUGAAUGAUGCGCCUUAUGCAAGAGCCUUUGGCACAUGGAGCACGAUACCUAUUUGUAGAGAUCCAAAAGUUUAUUUGAUUAUUCUGAUUACCCUAGGCCACGUCUACUCCGAUCAGAGGUUCAAAGCGACAACGACCGCAGCACUAAUAAUGCUGAGCGCUACGGAAGAACCUUCAAAACGCCACCCAAUGCUCUGUACAGGAUAUCGUUCCGAUUCAACAGCCUCGUUCCCCUCGCCGUCUCCCUCUCCGUCAGCUUCCUAUUUCCAGAACCAGUACUCGGCCGCAUACUGCACGUAGAACUUGGCUGCCUGCCCGUCGCACGUCUUAGGCGCCACGCCCCCCGCCGUCUCCAGGCGGUAAAUCUCCUUGUAGUCGCCCUCGACCGCGUUGAGCUUCAGCCAGGG